UUAACAAACAAAACUAAUAUUAUGCAAUUUCAACCACCACCUGGUUUUGCUCUUCCUAACAUGUCAACCCACGAUCAUCAUUGGACUGGGUUUUGGUGUUCUUUAGAAAAGGGUGGAGGCAAUAGAUACAUGGCUAAGUGUUUCUAUUGUAAAUAUGAGCUAUUUGGAAGGCCUAAAAAUCUUCAUAGUCACGCUAUUGCAUGUGGUAAAUGGCCUGUUGCUGCGAGAAAUAAUUAUAUUCAAGAGGCCACAAGUUCUACUCCUAAAUCUUGUAACAAUAAAAAAAAUUUAAUUAGUUCAGACCAAGAACAAUCAGAGUAUGUUAUUAAUACAAAUAAUUUAUUAAUUGAUCUUUUUGAGGAAGAGGAAUUUGAAGAGCCUUUAGAAUUUGAAGUUGAAGCGGUAAAUAUUGAUAUAAAUGAUGAGUUAGUAAUGGAUAAAUUCUUUGAUAUUGGUAUUUUUGAACAACUAGAGCAAGAAGUUGUUGAUGAAAGUUCAACAAUUCAUUUUCAAAAUUCUAUUAAUACUAAAGAUUGGUCGAUUGAUGAUAUUUUUUUUCAAUCUGAAAUUUAA